AUGGAGUGGAAGAGAGUGGAAGCCAGGUUAGAAAUAUCACACGGCUCAAUUGCUACAGAAAUGCUUCAUUUUGUAUCUCUGGUAUGUAGUGGGUGUGAUUCUUUGGGUGAUCGUGACAGAUUUUUUGAUAAUGACAAAAAGCGACCAUGUGUCAGCUCAUGUAAUCAUUCACUUUGUUCACAAUGUUUCGACAAAUUCACAGAAUGCCCAAUUUGUAAAGAGCCGCUUGUUCGGUCUGAAAACUAUCAAGCUCGAAAAAUUGUAGAACAUUUCAAAGAAAACCCAACGAUGAUAAUUGAGAAAUGGUGGAAUUCAACGGCAAACGGUUCUGAGACAUGUUCUCAUUGCCACAAUGAUGCCAAAAAACCUAGAUUUUGUGUUACUUGUGGACUUCAAAAGAAAUAUCUAAUGAUGUGCCGUGUGCCAAAAGAUGGAAUUGAACGUGACGAUGCUGAGGAACAAGAGGAAUGGAAACGAAGACAGGAAGAAGAAACAAGAAAAUCGAAAAAGUAUUUGAUUGUGAAUGAGUUCUUACCCAAAUCAAAUUCCUGGUAUGAUGAUAAGAAAAUGAGACCAGUAUUUGGAUGUCCAUUCAAUGUAAUGGCGAAUCAAUUGUUAUGUGCGGACUGUUGUUUUGAACAUCAUGAAGAUCAUGCAUUGAGAACAAGUGAACAAUUAAUGUACAUAGACGCAGAUUGGAACAAAUCAGCCUUAAAAAUUGUCUCCGACUUCAUAUGGUAUGAACUGAGAAGCAGAAAAUCAAAAUGUCUCAUUAAAACGAUGCGAUUACACAGAACGUGCGAAAAACUAAUUCAUUUUGUAAAAUGCUUUUACACCUAUACUGAACCAAGCGAUCGAGAAUCACAUGUUAAAGGACGAUGGAGAUCUGAUGUCAACAAAUAUUUUGAAUCGUUAUCACGAAAGAAUGUUGACUCAGUUUCAAGAGAAUACGUUGACGAGUUGAUUCAAAGUCUCUCGAUUCAAUUGAAAUAUUUAACUUACCAUGAUGACUGCAAAUGUGAUGAUAUUUGGAAUCAAAUGCAUAAAAUCUCAUUCGGAAAUCAAGUUGAAAAAUUAUUUGUGAAAGUUAUAAAUGAAUUGGAAGAUAGAGAAAUUAAAGAUUGUCCGCUUACCGAUAUGGACAAACAAAAUAUUCAAAACAAAGUUGAAGAGGUCUCCAAACAUCAAAUAUUUAGAAUCUAUACUGCAUUUUGCUGGAAUUACACAGAAAAGGGCGUGUUCCAUUUAUUUGAUAACAAUGAGCACAAGCCAUGUGUUUGCCCAAAUUGUAAUAUUUCGACUUGCUUGGAAUGCCUGAAAAGUAACUGGUUGUAUAAAUGCUCAUUUUGUGGUGAAGCGUUUUUUGAGGUCGGUUUAGGAAUUGUACGUGAAUUUAAUGAGGAUGUAAAUAUUCUGGAAUUGGUUGGACUUUACAAACGGAACUGCGUAGAUUUUCUUGAAGAGUGGUGGAGAUGUGAGCCAUCCCAUCUCGGAUUCUGUUUGAGUUGCUCAUCUUACUCGGAAGAACUUGAAAUUUGCGUGUUUUGUGAAUUUCUUGAUAAGCACAAGGCAUUGAAGACAAAACCGAAGAUCGAAAACAGUAUACAAAUGAGACAAAAUUUGUCUUUAGAAUUCAACUAUUCUGGUCUGAAUGAUUUUCCAAUUCGCUGGCAAUGUUCGGAUUGUAAGAAAAGAUUACAUUCCAAUUGGGUACAUUCUCAAUGUGAUAGCUCAAUUCCCGAACAUUGGAAAGGAACCUGGCGUCGUGGAUGCAAUCAUAUUCUAACUCGAAUUCUGCGGUCAAAGUGCAAAUGUUAUGAUGCAAAUGCAGAUGAAUGCGAAUACAAUUCUAUAACUUUGAAGUCCAUAAGGAAUUACGAGUUUGCCAUGAAAGUUGCAACAAUGGGUUUGAUUUUCCGUAUUCUGAAGUCAGGAAUUGAAGAAAAUAUAACAUGUAAAAUAAAGAGAGGAGAAAUGCUAAACACUUACGGACUUCUGAAAUCAAAAUGCCGUUACUUUUUUAUCAAUUCCAUGAAAGAGGAGAUAAACGAAGAAAUGAAUCGACUUUCAAAUGAAAUCAAUAAAGAAUUAGACAAUUUGAAGAUUCAAUGGAAAAACUACAAUGGAAUCACAAUAUAACUGUUUCUAAUGAAGUUAAUAAAUGUGUUAUGUCUCCUCAAAUCUGUUUUUAAAAAUUCAUGAAUUUCAUGUGCUCCUGAAAAUGUCCAGAAAUUUAAGUUUUAAUAAAUUUUUAUUAUUGUCAA